AUGUUGGCGAGGAAGAGGAUGAGGAAGAUUAGAAACCAGACGGCAACAGGCUGCAAUCACGAUCAGUGUUGUCACCUGGUCGUCAUCAGCCACAUCUACUCCAGUCAAGGAGCGGCGGCGCUGCAGGUCUCGUGCUUCUCUGAAGCCGAGAGGAUCUACAUGUUGGCUAAAGACACGACCGUCAACAACAAGACGCUCACUUCGCUCGUUAUUCCAGAGAUUGUGCAGAACGAUCUGGGAGACGUUUGUCCCCUUCUGGUGUUCGUCAACCCGAAGAGCGGCGGGCUGAAAGGCCGAGAGCUUCUCUACAACUUCAGGAAACUUCUGAACCCUCAUCAGGUCUUUGACAUUUCUAACGGAGGACCGCUGGCUGGCCUGCACACCUUCCGGGAGGUCCCCAGGUUCCGGGUGCUGGUGUGUGGGGGUGAUGGGACGACGGGAUGGGUGCUGGGAGUGCUGGAGGCCGUGCGACACAAACUGGUGUGUCGCGAGCCGCCCAUCGGCAUCGUCCCUCUGGGGACAGGGAACGACCUGGCUCGCGUGCUGCGCUGGGGAGCCGGGUACAGCGGCGAGGACCCGCACCACAUCCUGGUCUCUGUGGACGAGGCAGACGAGGUUCUGAUGGACCGCUGGACCAUCCUGCUGGACGCACAGGACAUCUCUGAGGACGGCGAGGACAACGGCUUCCUGGAGCCCCCCAAGAUUGUGCAGAUGAACAACUACUUCGGUCUGGGCAUCGACGCAGAGCUCAGCCUGGACUUCCACCAGGCCCGCGAGGACGAGCCGGAUAAAUUCACCAGCAGGUUCCAUAACAAAGGUGUGUACGUUAAGGUUGGCCUGCAGAAAAUGAGCUCCAGCAGGAGUCUCCACAAAGAGCUGCAGCUUCAGGUGGACGCACAGAACGUCCCGCUACCCAACAUCGAGGGGCUGAUCUUCCUCAAUAUACCCAGGUCACACACACACAUGCAGUGCGGGGGGGUCGGGGUAAUAUUCAGAGAUUAA